UUAAUAUUAGAAAAAUGUAUAACGACAUGUGGAGAGGGAGAGACUUGUAACUACGAACAGGAGUCAUUGGUUUCCAACUUUCUUAUCGCCAUGGUAUCUUCAGGCUCAGCAGUAGUAUCAUUACCUCUGAAUCAUCAACUUUCAUAUUUUCUGUUCCCAACAAAACCCAGAAGAACCAAAACUAAUUGCAAUUGCAUUUGGUCCUCCAAACCAAGAACAUCUCAAACUCACCACUACUCAACUACUCCUGUACGAUGCCAAAAGAUGUAUGUCCCUGGAUUUGGAGAAGCAUCACCAGAAGCAAAAGCAGCCAAAAACCUGCAUAAUUUCUUCACUUACAUAGCAGUUAGGAUUGUCGGUGCUCAGCUUCAGAGUUACAAUCCCGAGGCAUACAAAGAGCUGAUGGAAUUUAUGGAUAAACACUCGUUGAAUGAUGGGGACAAAUUUUGUGCUAGUUUGAUGAGAGAAUCUCCUAGGCAUAAAGGUCUAGCUAUGAGAAUUUUAGAGGUUCGCUCUGCCUAUUGCAAGAAUGAUUUUGAGUGGGACAACUUAAAAAGACUAUCUUUCAAGAUGGUGGAUGAUGCCAACACUAACAUCAUGAGAGACUAUGUCUUGGAAACAAGUCAGGCAGACAAUGAGAAGGGAAAAUGAUAAUGUAUUUUGUUACUACUGCAAUAUAUGUAAUGAACUCAAACCACUUUUCAAGAUAUAACCAGGAAAAUACCAUGACAGUCAAAUUGGGGAUACUUUAUAUACCAAUACCAUUAUAUACGAGCCUUCUCAUUCCAAGUGCAAUUUCAUCAAUUAAGUAUUACUUCUGCAAAGAGCUUUUCAUUUAUUUUAGACUGAUACAGCAUGUAAAUGAAGAAUUAUAUUGACUUGGUUACCUUUGCAACA